GGCUUUAACCAAAGCGCCCGAGUGCCUACUUGAACCAACGCGGUCACGGUCAGCUGGCCACGCUUCCUUGGAUGCGCACGUCCUGGUGAUAACAACAAAUAGCACAGAGGACGUUCGAGAGCGGUCAGCCAUUCGUCCUCGUGAACAAGUUUCAGCGCGGCGAGGUGGAUUCCUGAUGAGAUUACUCAAUUCGCAGGGCCGCCGGGACGUGUGCAUGAUAUAGACGGUCAUGGGGAUUCCCCUUGCAUGGCUUGGAAGCGUGCGGGAUCGUUUAUUAUAUGAGCUAUCCGCAGAGGUAUCUCCGGGUGCGCUCCUGUCUAGAGGUAUGCAUAUGCUCAAGAUGAGGCUGGGUAUCGCGACGUUGGGCGCAGUCACCGCUGUUGGCGGCCUUGCGAGUGCACAAUGUCCCGACUACACGACAUUCUCUCAGAGCCCCCAGGGCGACCCGUCCGCAGGACCGUUGGGGUUGCCAUUCAUGCGCCCCGCGCCCGCCUGUCGAACAUUCAACAGUUCAGCUGUGGAGCAAGUCAUAAACGAUAUGAAGAGUCGUCUGAAAGAUCCCGACAUCGCUCGCUUAUUUGAGAAUACCUUCCCGAAUACGCUUGAUACUACUGUGAAAUAUUUCAAUGCGACCGAGAAUCUUGCGUUCAUCAUCACUGGAGACAUCACAGCUCAGUGGCUUCGUGAUACAGGGAACCAGUUUGCACCGUACCAUUAUCUGCUCGCUCAAGACAAGGAACUCGCUACUCUCGUCAAGGCCGUCAUCAACAACGAGGCCCGGUACAUCACGCAGUACCCGUACUGCAGUUCCUUCCAACCUCCUCCAGAGAGCGGCCUGGCUCCAACGCACAAUGACUAUGCUGACGGCGUCAUCGUAAAUCCACCCGUCAACAAUCUGACGGUUUUUGAGUGCAAGUACGAAAUCGAUUCCCUUUGUGGGUUUAUCAAGCUGUCAAGGUCGUAUUAUCAAGCUACCAACGAUUCAUCCAUCAUGAAUGAUAAUUGGCAAUCUGCCAUCGGACAAAUCUUCCGCGUGAUCGAAGAACAAUCCCAACCGACUUUUGACAAGGACUGGAACUUCAUCUCGUACUUCAAUUGGACAGGCGGAGCAGGUUCUUUGUCCCCCGCAGUGAACAAUGGCGGUAAUGGCGAACCAAAGGGAUACACCGGCAUGGUAGGCACUCACCAUAGGCCUUCCGACGAUCUGAGCACUUUUGCAUUCUUGACUCCGGCCAACGCCAUGCUGAGCGUAGAGCUAACCAAUCUGGCUAAUAUCCUGGACUCUGCCAAGCAAGCACCCAAUGUCAGCGCAGCUGCCCGAGAAUGGAGUUCGAGAAUCAGCAACGCCAUCUGGAACACCACUCUUGUGGAUAAUAUCUUCGCAUAUGAGACUAAUGGGCUCGGUUCGCGAUAUGUCAUGGACGACGCGAACGUCCCGUCCCUCUUAUCUCUGCCCUACCUUGGUUUCUUAAACAGAACGCACCCGGCGUACGUCGCAACUCGGCAGUUGCUCUUGUCCCGGAACAACCCCUACUAUGCUCAGGGGGCGACCUUCCUCGGAAUCGGCGGGCCUCACGUCGACGUGUGGAACCCUUGGCCCAUGUCGCAAGUUUCUGCAAUCUUCGGCACUGACGACGACGAAGAAAUUCUGACAUCGUUGUAUCUUAUUGCCAACAAUACGAAUGGCCUAGGGCUGAUCCACGAAUCCAUCGACAUCUACAACACGACCUCUUACACGCGGCAGUGGUUCGCUUGGGCGAACAGCUACUUCGCAGAGAUGCUGCUGGACCUUGCGCAGCGCAAGCCGCAGCUUAUUUUCCACGAUGGACGGAGUUAUGUGCCCGGUCAACUAUGAAUAAUGCGCGCGUAUAAAACUAGUGGACAGGCGGUUCUGCAUUGUGCUAGUAUAGCUGCAUUGACCUGUACUUACGGAACGGGAUGUAAACCUGCAGUGCAUUGUCUGUCGUUACACGCGCCUGUUCUCUGCGCGGACCUCGCUUGACGAAACAAA